CCGGCUGUGGGCGGAGCCUGUUCUGUAGGAAGCGUGUGACAUAUAGAGAGUGCCGGCUGCUCCAGGGCCACAGCGCUGCUCACCUCCCGCCGGUCACCAUGUCCGACCUCACUCCUCUGUUCGACUACAUCGACAAUCACCAGGACGUCUACGUCAAGAGACUAUCAGAAUGGGUGGCAAUCCAAAGUGUAUCAGCCUGGCCAGAGAAAAGAGGAGAAAUCAAGAAAAUGAUGGAAGUGGCUGCCAAGGAGAUUGAACGUCUGGGUGGCUCCGCGGAACUGGUGGACAUCGGAAAGCAGAAGCUUCCAGAUGGCUCAGAAAUCCCUCUCCCUCCCAUUAUUUUGGGUAAACUGGGUUCAGAUCCUUGUAAGAAGACGGUGUGUGUGUAUGGUCACCUGGAUGUCCAGCCGGCAGCGCUGGAGGAUGGAUGGGACAGCGAACCCUUUGUCCUGGAAGAAAGAGAUGGCAAGCUGUAUGGGAGAGGAUCUUCAGAUGACAAAGGUCCAGUGCUUGCAUGGCUUAAUUGCAUUGAAGCGUAUCAGCAAAUAAAGCAGGAGCUUCCUGUCAACCUCAAGUUCUGCUUUGAAGGAAUGGAGGAGUCUGGAUCAGAAGGCCUAGAUGACUUGAUCUUUGCCAAGAAAGAUUCAUUUUUCAAAGAUGUGGAUUACGUCUGCAUUUCUGAUAACUACUGGCUAGGAAAAAACAAGCCUUGUAUUACAUAUGGUCUACGUGGCAUCUGCUACUUCUUCCUCGAGGUCGAAUGCUCUGACAAGGAUCUGCAUUCUGGAGUAUAUGGUGGUUCAGUUCAUGAAGCCAUGACCGAUCUCAUUUUCCUAAUGGGCAGUUUAGUUGACAAGAAGGGAAAAAUUCUUAUUCCUGGAAUACAUGAAGCCGUGGAACCAGUUUCAAAUGAUGAGAAGGCAAUUUAUGACGCCAUUGACUUUGAUCUUGAGGAGUUUGCAAAAGAUAUUGGGGCCAAUAAACUCCUACAUGAAUCAAAGGAGCUGAUAUUGAUGCACAGAUGGAGAUUCCCAUCUCUUUCACUUCACGGCAUUGAGGGAGCUUUCUCUGCUGGUGGGGCCAAAACUGUUAUCCCUAGAAAAGUCAUAGGCAAAUUCUCUAUUAGACUGGUGCCUCAUAUGACUCCAGAUGAGGUGAAGAAACAGGUGGAAGACUACUUAACCAAGCAGUUCACAUCAUUGGGCAGUCCUAACAAGUUUAAAGUUACAAUGGGUCAUGGAGGAAAACCAUGGGUCGCAGACUUCAAUCACCCUCACUACCUUGCUGGAAGGAAAGCCAUGAAAACCGUGUUUAAUGUGGAACCAGACCUGACCAGAGAAGGUGGAAGCAUUCCUGUGACUCUAACCUUCCAAGAAGCAACUGGAAAGAAUGUUAUGUUGCUGCCGGUCGGCGCUGCAGAUGAUGGGGCACAUUCCCAAAAUGAAAAACUUAACAGGUUCAACUAUAUCCAAGGCGUGAAACUUCUGGGAGCAUACCUGUCCGAAGUAUCUAAGCUGGACUAAUUCUGCAAUACAUCAUCAUGUUACAGAUGAAAAUAACUAAAAGGCAACCUAAAAGUGUACAUUUUCUGUAUUCCAAAACUAACCAAGGCAACAGUUUCCAAGUCAGUCCUUUGUCAAAGAAUGGGCUGCAUAUCUAGUAUGAUGAUAUUUAGAUAGGACCCUGUACAAGAACACUCUGUGCUCCGAAUAAAGUAUUUUCAGGCCUCAGAGAUCAGUACGCAGAGGAGAAAAAUACUGUCUGUUAUAUAUUAAAAUGCCUGGGGACCAGC